UAUUCGUGAGUCUUCGUAUGGGUUCGGAGAAGCCCAGGAGAGGGAGUUGAGUCAGAGCCGCACUGUUCCCUAGGUUGCAUGUGACUCAUCGAGUUUGCAGUGAAGUAGGCUACAAUUCAUUCCUACGGAAUGUUCACCUGAGAGAGCGAAAGCACUGCUAAAUAACAGACCGAGUCGUUUUGAGUAAUGUGGUGCCAUUAGAAGCGAAGGACGAUUGCACGGUAACCUGAUUUAGAAACGGAAAUUACAAAUUAACUGCUGAAGGAACGUAGUUUACAAACUUAGUAAAGCCACUGGUGAAAUAUUCAAAAAGGAACAUGGCAACGGGUGGAUUUAAACCAAAUGCACAGACAGAUUUUCUGGAGGAAUGGAAGGCAAAACGGGAGAAAAUGAGGGCAAAAAUGCUUGGGGACAUCGCUGCGGCCACCGGCGCGUGCACUGGUGGUAUUGUUCCUGCGUCCCUGGGGAGCCACAGCAACAAAAGUGAGAUGCGCAAUGCUACCUCGAGCACCGAACUUAACAACAACGGCAACCCGGACCGCGGGACAUCAUACCCCAUGGCUCGCUCAUCAUCAUCCUCAGCCUUGAAGAGACCUGACGAUGAACCACACCCGACACCAGCCGUCAGAGGAGCGGAUACACCGGGGAGUAACCUGAAGAAGACACCGCAGCCGGAGAAAGUGCCCUACACCCCACAAGAGUCCAGCCCCACUGCAUGCAAUGACCAUGGCAGUGACAAGGAGAGCCCCUCACCCAGUAAAGGCAAAGAGAAGAAAAACAGUGGUCCAAGCGCCAGGAAGGGGAAAGGACAGAUAGAGAAGAGAAAGCUGAGGGAGAAGCGCAGAUCAACAGGUGUUGUCAGCAUGCCGUCCACCGAGAGCCUGGAUGAGCUGGAUGAUGACGACGGAAGGGAUAAGGCGAAGGAGGAGGAGCAGCAGCUGACACAGCUCAACACGGAACAGAACGAAGCCAUGACCUCUGACCCUGGGGCCACCACCCACUUACUACAGGAUACUCCAAGAUCCGGGAGUGGCCACCACCAGAGCAGCAGCUCUGGAGGUCCUGGUUCUGAGGAGGCGGCGGGGGCGAACAGUCGACACCGCCACGGCAACCGCCACGGCAACGCCGCCGCACCCGGAGGACUGGAGAGGAGGAUGGAGGAACUGGAAAAGGAGCUGGCCAGACAGAGGCAGGAGAACGGGCAGCUGCUGAAAGCCCACCAGGAUAAAGACGACCUAAUUGGAAAGCUGAAGGAGGAGAUUGACUUGCUUAAUAGAGACCUCGAUGACAUUGAGGAUGAGAACGAGCAGCUGAAGCAGGAGAACAAAACUCUCCUGAAGGUGGUGGGCCAGCUGACUAGGUAGAACCCAACGAGCCACGGAUCUCCACUUCCAAAAAGAAAACAAACCACCCCCUACCCCUCCAACGGAGUGCCCCUCUCAAGGCCUUGCUCUCACCCACCCCCUUCCCUUUCCACCCUCGUUCCAAGUCCAGCGGCAUAUCCUUUCUCUGUGUCGGUGGUGUCUCUGUUGUUGUCGAUGGGUGGAAGAGGACAUUUUAAAAGCAGCUUCUAGAUCCUUUGUGUCUUAAAUGCACCUUGAGCAUCCUCCCUAAGGAUGCUUUUAUUCAGUUCUGAGGGGAAACUGAAGCCACCGAAAGCUCUAGUCCUAUUUAGAUCCCAUGGGAUGUCUAAAUGAGGUUCUAUGAUGGUAUAUUUAAUGUAAAUCUCUUGUACAUAGGCCAUUUAGAUUUGUUGUUCUUUUUGAUGAAUCUUAAAAAGGAAAUUGAAUGUACGUGGUGCAUCACCGAGCAUAUGAGGGAUGCUUUGUAGGUUUUAGGAACUAAAAGAGUUCUUGGACAUUUUGACUCUAAUGAUCUGUUGACCAAGGUAUACAGUACUUGCGUAGAUUAUGUGCAACCGGCUCUCUGUGCUUCUGUUUAUCUGCAUCAUUACAGUGUAAAUGCAUUGUCAGCUCAGAGGCCGUAUUGUCCUUCAAAGCGCUAAAACCUGGUCCUCCAUCUGCACGUGAAAGAACCGGCUCUGUGAUGGAGCCUGUGUCAUUUAGACCAAAUUCAAAACAAAAUCCCUGCUACCAUCAGCCAAAGUGGGCAUAAUGCCUUGCAUGUUACGGACGUCUUUUUUGAAAAUCCAUUAGUUCCAUUUCCCCAAGGGGAUAAAAAAAAAAGCCUGGUGCUUUUUCUGUUCAUGUCGAUGCCGCUUUUACUCUCUUGUUCCGAUUUAUACUUGGUACAUUUUAAUCAGUGGGGUUGUUUCAGCUAAAACUAGGGUAUGCCGGUGACAUGGGUGAGGGGGAUAAAGUUGACGCUUUAUUUACUGCGUUUCUACGCAAUUUAUAACUCUAAAAUGCUAUUCAGAGAACAGCAAAAACCAUCCAAAUUUACUCCAGUCAUAAUACACUAAACUGCUAUUACCUUUUAAUGGUGAUUGGAAGGAUUUUAGUAGCCUAUUUUAUAUUGUUGUUGUCGAGCUAGGAUAUGAUGACUGCCAUACUCAAUUCACGCCCUGAUUUCAAUCCAGGCGGUAUAUUUUAAACCUGAAGUCAUUCAAAUAUAUAUAUCCCCAUUUAUAAAUCAUAAAAAGCAAGCAAUUUGUUUUCAUUUUAUUCUAUGCUUUAUAGCCAUUUCGAUGUUGAAAAUGAAAUAUUAUAGUAUUGUUGAUGGUGAGAAGUCCUGGGAUUACACCCCGGUAGAAAUACAUAUGGAAUCUUUUGAAAUGCGUUUUGCAUCUGUAACUCAAGCAUUUUACAACUUGUUUUGUUUGCAAUAUUGAUCGGUGUAGCUGCUCUUGGUAUAUAGUGAGCAAGAGUUAUAGAGUAAGCUACUGCAGUGCAUUUUGUUGUAACCAAAUCAACUGAAGGAACAUACUUUUUAAAAUGCAUCUCUUUUUGAUUUCUCAAGACUGUGAUCUUGGCUGUGAGAAGUUCUAUUACUUUACCCCGACCGUAUUUAGAUCUUUGCAUUACAUACAGGGGCCCAUUUUUGUGCUGAAACAAACACGUGUGUGACUGUUGCAUCAUGUGUUCUGUAAAGCCCACUGGGUGGUCAAUAUUUUAGGUUUUUAGACUUUACUGGGGUACAUCUUGAUAUAGAAACCCUGCUUACCUGUAGACACACACACAGACACAGACACAGACACAGACACACACACACACACACACACACAGAGACACAGAGCCCUUACAGGAAAAAACACGUGAAACAAUGUGUUUUUGGAACACUUCACGUGAUGAGGUUUCACAUAACCUUUCACAUUUUCAUCCAAAUGUGAAUCUUUUUGGGGGAUAUUUUUCACUUUAGAUUUCACAGGUGAUGCCCUGCAAGUAAAACAAGAGUUGUUAGAACACACAAACAGGGCUUAGAACAUCAUGUUUUCAACUUACAUAUUUGUCACACUUUGACAUACAUGAUUACAUUGUGUAUGUUUGUUUAGACAGUAAUUAUUAUUCCACAUGUCCUCACCUAGGAUUUCAACUCACAACCUCUUUGUUCAUGGCAUUCUGACAUAUUCCUCCUACACUUUGGACUUCAAAGUCAAUCUCAGCUUUGUUAAAAGUACAUAUUUAUCAGUGAGUGAUUCAGGAGUAACGUUAAAACAGAAUAAUAUGCCCCACAAACAUUAGGCAACUAUACAGAAAAUCCUCAAAUUGCUGAAAUAAGUUAAUUAAUUAAAUGAUGAGAGAAUAGUCACUGCUAACUAAAAUAGCAGUGUAGACUGCACUAUUUUGGUAAGUGUAGAGGUGUAGGGGAAUGCUACAGAGUUUGUGGCGCAGCAGAAAGAUCAGUUUACCCCAAAUCCAGAGGUUGUAAGUUCAAAUCCCAGGUGGGGUCAUAUUGAAAAUUCAGUACUUAACUACCAGGUGAUCAUGUCUAAUGUAAUCAUAUUGACAUUGAUUAAAUGUUUUAACUAUUUUAGCUGAACAGCUUAUCACUUAUUUUAAAACUCCCAUACCAUGUAAUUACUUGACUUAUCGUCACGUUGCGUCCUGAUGAAUGGUAACACAAAGGUCUUGAGAACAUCUUACAAACCACCCUAACAUGUUCCUCAAUGACUAGUUCCAGUUUUGUUCCAGGGAUUUUCCCCAGGGAUGUUUUUAGGACAUUCUUGGAAUGUUGCGUCAUGGUCCCCUGGAGGUUUUAUCUAGUUCCCGGUUUGUUUCAAGCAUUUUCCCCAUGACGUUUUUAGGACAUUCUUGGCAUGUUGUGUCAUGGUCCCCUGGAGGUUUUUGUCUAGCUCAAAUGUUGUCACAUGUUAAACGUUUUUCAUCCCCAUCCCCACAUUUACUCAAAUGGUGUCAAGUGUAGUUUAGCGGUGUCAUGUUGACAUUUUGCUUCCCAUGUUGUCACAUUUUAUUUCACACAAUAUCAUGGUAUCACAUGUUGUCACAUGAACUUCACGUGAUCAUGUGACAUGUGUUUUUCUGUAAGGGACACCUCUUUCUCUCUCUACAUUAUGCAUGUACAAACGAUGAAGUCAUUUAAUAAAAGUUUGAUUAUCUCUC